AUGGGACUCGGUCCUACCGUUCAUGGGGCCACACCUGACCCCGUCACCUCCCCGUCCACUCUAGCUCUCAUCUAUUGCUGGCUUAUGGCCAAAUUCUGUUCAGAGGGCCUCGGGCCUUUGAGCUGUUUGUUAUGGACCCUCUCAAUGAGAACAUCGGACCGACAGGUCAACUCAGCAGAUUUGGUAGAGACAGGCAUGUAUGGCACGAAUUGUGCGUCUGUGUCUGGAGGGCCAGCCGAUAGAGGUGGCCGGAAACCUACAGCUCGGUAUUCUAAUCUUAACAGGCUCAUAUUAUUUAUCUGUCGAAGAAGGACGUGGGCCGGUAGCUUGUGUACCUUCGCAUACAGAGCAAUUGGAAUUGUGCAAAUAAAACACUCCUUCGUGACCCACGUUACGUCGUGCUGCCUCGGAGCAGGCCAAUUUCUGUACCAGAACACCUUAACGAAUUACUUUCCAUCUAUUUUAAUUAUCCGCCCGCAUUAA